AGUGUUUGGGGUUUCAAGUGCUUCAGCGUUUGAUCCGACAAUUAUACCUCCUUGUUACCAGCAGGCUUUUAGGCCCAGUUUUACGAGGAUAACUUUUGCAGCUACAUAAUGUGCAUCUUUUUCUGUUUUAUGUGCUUGUUGAUCUUGCAAUUGGUAGAUAAUAAAUAUUUAGGAAACUGUACGGUGCAAGCUCCUGCAACUUUUUCUAUUUUCUGGGUAAAAGUGUUUUGAUUUUUCUUGUUCAUUUCAGUGAUUGAUGUUUAGCAGAUCAUUUUGGAGGCAAAUUUCAUUUAGGCUAUAUGCAAAUCCAUGAUAAACUAGCAGAGCUUCAGGUGCUGGUAUAAUGUUUCUCAUUCUUCUAUAAAGAUUCUCAGUUAGUAUCAUCUGUGAGUUUUUCUGACCUUGGAGAAGAAUAUUAUGCCCCGUUUUCUAAUUUCUUUUGAUUGUUUGUAGAUGCUCUGAUGCUGGACUUUAAAACACAGCAUUUUCUACCUUGUGUGUGCAUAUUUGGUUUAAAAUGCAUUAUGAAAUGUCUUGGUUCUCACCCAAUUUUGAUAGCUCAGUUUUGUCUGCUGAAAGCAGGAAAGAAAAUGUAAAAUAUGAAAUCAAAUAAGACAGAAAAAGUAGAAAAAAUGAUUUCGUUCUGGGCAUUUUAAGAAUAGAGGGAAAAAAGGCUCUUAAAAUCUGACGAUAAACCUGAUGGAUGGAAGGCCUGGUUUGGUCAAGGUAAGCUGCCUAUGGAUUAUGCCUAGCAUUUAAUUCUGACCUAAUAGUCUUGUGGUAUGAUAUAUUUGGCUAAAUUGAGGUGGCAUUUAUAUUUUUUAAAAGAAGAGUUCAGCAGCACCUCUUGUUAAUUAACUUUUGUCAGGAAGAGAGAAGCAAGAGCUGCAAACUUAACCAAUAUGAUGAGAGGAGAAAGAAGUAGAGAUCAGGAGAGAAAAUCCAGUUGUGACCAAGACCAAGCUAAUAGUCGUGACCGAGGGAGGGAUUAUGAUCAAAGGAACAGAGACCGUGACAGGUACAAUGAUCGAGAAUGUGGUACGGAUUAUGAGUGCCCUCAGACUUAUGAUUCUAGAUGUCGCCACAGGUCACAUUCAAGGUCUAAGGAGUAUUCCAGGGAUUAUGAUUGUCACAGGUACCUUUUUCUCUUUGUUUAUGGUUUUUUAAAGUUUAUUUUCACAUGGAUUUGUGUAUGAGUCUCUUGCCAUUAUUGGUUCAUUUUUGUAAUUCCAUAUUUGUUUGUUUACAUGUCAAAUUGAUGCAUGUUUGGAUUAUAUGUAUGCUUCUUAUCAUAUUCUUCACUCAACUACCUGUAGGUAAUUUCAUUAUUUUCAAAAAGAUCUAACUACCUUAAGGCAAGUUUUAUCAAAGUGGAAAUGUGGAAUAGAGGGUAUAGGUUAGGAAAGUUUUGAAUUGCUUGGUGGAAUGAUUUUCAAACAGGAUUUUGUUAAAGGUGGGGCUGUAAGAAGCCAUGCUUCUCUCAUCAAGUUGAACUCAAAAUAAUAGUAACCCCAGUUUGUAUUUGGUUUCUUUUAGUUAAGUGAGUUGACUUAAACAUUUUAGUGCUCAGCCUGAGAAUUAGCCAUUCCAUACUUGUUUAACAUUUAACAAUGCAUCAUUAAUUUUGUUUUCUGAUGAUUUUUUAGCUUGUUGAAUUUGUGUUAAGUUAAUAUGCUAUUAGUUUUCUAUUGUAAAAUGUGCCAAAGCUGACUUCAUGAUGAGAGACGCUCAUGGUCAAGGGAAACCACCUGGUACUCCAUCUAUGAUAUAAUAUAAAGAGUAUCAAGCUCGAACAACACCCAAAUGCUAACCUCCGAUCGGAUUCAUCAAAAAGGGAAAAAAAUAUAAAAGCCUCGUAUGGAGCACUGACACUAGUAAUCUCAUAAUUCUCAAUCAAAAGGGUAAAUAGAUAUUGAAAAAUGUAGUUUGCUCUGUGUGUGAAAUUGAGAGUUGUUUAACAAAGGGAUAUGAGAAAU